AUGGGACAAAAAAGAAAAAAAAACAGUACAAGUACAGACUAUGAAAUUCUUGAUGAUAAUCAACAUCAUAAUAUACCAACAACAACAAACACAAAUUCAAGGAUAACAUUAUCAAAUGAUAAUAGUUCUAGUCCGCCAACAUCAAAUACUACAAAUUCAUCAUCAAAUAACAACAUCACAACACAAUCAUCGGAUACCACCAAUCCAACAACAACAUCAUCUAUUCAUCAAAAUUUUCCUAAUCGUAAAUCUCAAUCAAGUGUUUGGCUUUAUGCUACGAAGAGCGAGGAUGGUAAAUCCGCCACAUGUAAUUUAUGUGGAUAUGCUUGUGCUGUAGUAUCUCAUUCAACGUCAACAAUUCGUUACCAUUUGAUUCGUCAGCAUGAUAAAUAUGAUUUAAUUAUCAGUCCAUCAUCAUCAUCUUCAAAAUCAAAAGUAUCUCAACAUUUAAAAAAUGAACUGCAUUCUUUAUGUUAUAAUGCUAUAAUUAUUGACCAUCGUCCAUUUAAUGAUAUGCGUAAACCAGGAUUGUUGGCUAUUUUCAACAAAUUGUGUCCAGGUAUAAAAGAUUAUUAUCAUUAUAGUAGCUUUUAA